GCGUGGGCUGGAGUGAAGCCUCGUUGAGCCUGGAUCGACCUUCACGCCUCAUCGCAGAUUCCUUGUUUGCUGUUGCUGCUGUCCGAUCGAUUCUUCAAUUCUUAGUGGUUUUUUUUUGUUCUUUUUGCGAAGCCAUAUUUCUGAACGUGCCGAACUGUUUCCGGCGCUUGAAGGAGAGAGAACGUGCGUUCAGGGUACGUCAAGCGCUGGGGUCCUGUCCGCCUCGGCCAGGGGAGGGUGGGACGCGGGGAGAGGGAAUGGAUGGAUUGAGCGAGACCGUGCCUCCGGAGGUUGGCGCCUUGAAAUCUAGAACUGAACAGCGAUCGGGUGCAUGAUCGGGUGUAUGAUAGAUACAGAGUGGGCUAGUGGGACGCUUUUUUCUUCGAAUUCCGGGAGUUGCUUGGACCGAUAUAACUAUCAACUGAGGAAAUUUGGCUCAGAAGUCAUGGGAGCUAGCGGCUGACGGUAACAUAAUUGAGCGAGAGGAGAAAGAGAAGGAAUGCGACGGAGACAAAGAAGAAAUUGAUGAGAAAAAGAUGGAAGUAGAAAGUCGACCGGGUAAAUGGUUUCGGUUGACAGGGUCGUGUACAUUGGCCCUUCACCGUGGAGACAUAACAAAAUGGUCCAAGGAUGGUAGGACCGAUGCUAUUGUAAAUGCCGCUAACGAGAUGAUGCUUGGUGGGGGAGGGGUUGAUGGAGCAAUUCACAGAGCUGCUGGGAGGAAGUUGUAUGAGGCCUGCAUGAAGGUUCCAGAGGUUUCAAGAGGUGUCCGAUGUCCAGUUGGAAGUGCCGUCAUCACUCCAGGUUUCAAGUUACCAGUAUCUCGGGUUAUACACACUGUGGGACCAAUGUAUCACAAGGAAGCAGAUCCAGCCUUUGUAUUGAGCAAGGCUUACAAAAAAUCAAUUAGUGUAGCUAAGAAGGACAAGGUGAAACACAUUGCUUUUCCAGCAAUUUCAUGUGGUAUUUAUGGGUAUCCAUAUGAGGAAGCAGCGAAGGUUUCUAUCCAGGCACUUCGAGAGACUGCUGGAGAUUUGUUAGAAGUGCAUUUUGUUCUAUUUGAGCAAGGAACAUACAAUGCAUGGCUUGCUGAAGCCGAGAAGAAGUUGGAAAGUCUGACUAGCUGGGGUUGUCAAGUUGCAGAUGAUCACGAAGUACUUCCGCAUCGACGGAAAUCUAAGACGAAGUUCACAUGUGACCGGAUGUUUCUAACUGUUGCCCUGAUCCUUUUUGACUACAUACUGCACUGCACUGACCAAGUGGGUCAUGGCAAUUCUGUAAUAUUACUCAAACUGGGUUCCACCUGAGUAUUAUAUUUUGAAACCCUUUUUGAAUACUUUUCAAUUUGCUGUUACUAUUUGAUA